AGGUUUCCUCUGAAUAAAUUUGAAAUUUGACGUCGCGACGUCUAAUGGCAGUACCUAUAACUAAAUUCUUUUUUCUUGUUAUUUACCAAAAUGUACUUAUUACCUCAAUCACGCAAAAUGAUAGAUGAAAAGCACAAAGGUAUAGUUGUUAGAUCUUGCAUUUCUGUCGCAUUGUUGCUACGUCUAUGUAUUAGCCAUUACAAAACCUUAAAGUACUUUCAGCUCGAGCUCAGCUCUGAACUGCUUUGAACUCAAGUAUUUUUAGGUUACUAAAAGGAUUUUGUGACUCAAACGAUGAAAAUAACCCACUGCUUUGAACCUUCCUCUUUCGAAUGAACCCUCAUUCAACCCAAAAUGUGCUCAUAUAAGGACAACAAACGUCGGCCCAUAAUUACAUUUUCAAAAACAAAUUCCGCCAUUUUAUGGAUAAUGGCAGAGCACGCAGGAUAACAAAUUUAGUUCAGGCAAUUCGUAUGAGAUGGCGCUUACUGAGGGCUGCUAACCGGAAGUCGGUACAUAUGCGACGUUACCAUUAUGGCAUAAUAGUGUCUAACCUUUCCCUACGCACUGUUACCAUUCGACGAUUUGACCAAAGUCGAAAUAUUCUUACAUUUACCGACGUUAAAAAAAAAAAUGGAUAAUGAACCGCAGCCGUUCACGUCAGGAAUCAUCGAGGAAAAGAAGAGGACAUUAUAUUUUGUUCCUUACUGGGAUCCAAUGGUACCCUAAAUUCUAAGUAAGUGUAUACAGCAGUGAGGACUGCAACGCUAGCUCCAAUGCGCAUGAUCAGGAAAAAUUCCACGAAUGUCCAUCACUGACUGUUACACAUUAUACAUUGUUUAUAAGAUGAAUAUUAAAUAAUAUUACUCUGAUGAUUUUUGUCACUCUUUUAAACUGAAUCACCGCUAAUAAAAAAAUGUCUUGCAUCUGUUAAUGAUAUCAUCAUUCCGUAAAAAGUUAAUCCAAAUUUUCAUAGAUCGGGGGGCCUCUCAAAACGCGGGGCCGGGUUCCAGCGAACGCGCUGAACCUGCCUUGCGCCGGCCCUGCCUGAAACGUAAAAGAUUUCAACGAGAGUUUUGCCUCUGUGUAAACUACGUACUCUGUGAUAUCGACUCGACCGGGAAAAACAUGGCGACUACUCUCGAACGCCAUUUCGAUGUAUCGUCGAACGAUAAUCUCGCUUCGAAUCGAUGGUCGUUUUCACGAUGGACGGCGAACGAACGUGCCGUGGACUUGAUGUUAGUGCGAAACGAUGAUUUUUCGUGCUGACAAUACUUCUUACCUGAAAAUUCUCGCGCAUUAAUACGCAGAAUCGUGAAUUUUUGGACAUUUCGCGUGGCCAAUAGGCGACAACAAUUGCGCGAAGUCGACGAAUCGUCGAUGGUGCUAGUGCGAAGUCUGUGCUGUGUACGACCGUAGUCUUCUCGUGUGGUUUCGUGCCGCUGUCAACGAGAGCUUGAAUAUCUGUACCAUAGGAUAAUUAUACAAGAGAAUUGCCACGGGAUCGUGUAACAAACUCGCUGUGAAUCCACGACUCGAGAAAGAAUAGACUUCGUUCUCUGUCCGAACAAAGCAGAAUCGCGUAAGGUACGCCCCUUUCGCAGGUGCCAAUAACAUUUUCGCGACAUCCAUCGAGAAGAAUCGACCACCGAAUACACAGGCUCUCGAAGAAGCUGAUUCGGAACGCGUCCCAGAAUCUACCCAGGAGACCCACUUUUCCGACUCUGAAUUUAUUACCUUACUUGGUUUUGUCCGCUGUUUCGCGCAAAAUCGAUAGAGAAGCUCGCACAUUGCCCGCGGAGUGUGGAACGCUCACGCGAGGAGAGUCGCCGACAAAAAUAGCAAAGUCCUCGACAAACACGGGCCCGGGCUCCGGAGUGUCCUUAGUUCUCGUUGCCGAUCCUUCUCUACGUUUAAUCCGUGACUAACCGGUAUUAUUUCGUGCGAAUUUUACCAACGCUCGGCGCUGCUUGCCGAUGGAACAUCGUUCGUUCAAAACAUCGUGUGUUCCGGUACGGGCCAUGCAGUAUAGCCUGUGAUCGUUUAAAUUACCUCGUUGCCGCUGUUUAUGUGAAUGUUCUCGUUCCAAGUUUUUUUUUGCGCGCGCGUGAGAGUGCCAAACGUACUCGAAGUCGCAAACGGCGUCGUACGAAUGUAAAUAAAUCCACUCGCGAGCGAUCGCGAUCGUACGAGAGACCAUACUCUAACCUUACUUCGAGGAGAGAAUUUAGUGGUGUACGUACGCCUAACCUUCGCGUUGUCAAUCGAGGUGCAGGUUUGCGUCGGUUUGCAUCGGUUUGCAUUCGUGCCCGAUGACACCGUGACAUAAAAGAUAUCCGCGCAAACGUGGCGAGACGUGAAAUUCUUUGAACGAACAAUUCGUCUCGCCGGCUAUGACGAGAACAAGGACCCGUUCGAACGGAUCGUCGCUACCACCGUUGCGGAUGCUGUGAUUUUGUUGAAUGUGGAGUGCGAUCUCGCGCCUUUUUGUCAAGGGCAAAACCGAGGAACCUGCCCCGGGGACGGAGGAUCGGACGUGCGACGGUGUGUCCGACACGGUCGUCCAUGUUUUCGACGCAAUGGAUCGUAACGUGGGUGACGAUCGACGUAAGGGCACUGCCGGCGAGCAACAGCACGCCGCAGCCGAAUCCGAACACUUCUCCGAUGCCUACGAUUCUCGCCAGGCCAAACAACGUGCCUCCGUAAAAUGGCUCCUGUCGAAGGCGUACAACAACCGAGUGCCAGAAAACCUUCGUGAGCCGUAUUAUGUCGAUCACGAGGAUCAAGAACACCUGAAGCCGCAGAUCGUCCACGCACUUUCCAAUGCAGAGCUGUACUGUUUGGCACUGGCAAAUAUUUAUUCGGAUCCAAAUUAUCACAAUCAGAAUCACUGCGGUAUUUUGCAAGCUCUCGCCAGGAAGGGUGUUUAUCUCGCGGAGCCAAACAAUACUCAACUCACCGAAACGAUCCUCAUUCAAAAUUCACCACUCAAGAUGUCUGCGCAUAUGGCUGUGAUAGAGGGCCUGAUGGUCCUGUAUGCGAAAGAAGUGGUGACCGGGGACCGCGUCGUCUCAGCGAUUCGACGAUUCGAUCCUCAGGCUGAUGUGGAUGUCCCAGGGGAUCACGAAAGGGGUCUUCUUCUUUGGAUAAGCCAUGCGUCGCACGCGUUGAUCGCAAAAAUCCAAACGGAAGAGGGUGCUGGGGAUAAAACGCGACUGCCAGAGCUGCCCGCUGCCAAGGACUUCCAAUCGCUCUGCGAUGGCGUCGGUUUAGCCGCGGUCGUGGCAUAUUAUUGCCCAGGGGAACUGAACUGGAUGGACAUCCGUGUGUCGAAGAGACCGUCGGUAGCGGACGCCCUGCACAAUCUGUCGUUGGUUCACGCGUUUUGUAACAGAUGUUUACCGUAUUCCAUUUUUCACAUGCAACCCGAGGACGUGACGUACAUGAGAGGGUCCAUGAAGCAAAAUUUAGUUGUUUUUCUGGCGGACAUGUACAACGUAUUGGAAAUUCAUCCUGCAAAGUGCGUACGUUACCCCGGCGAGGAGAGGGCGAUGCAAUUCCUAGAUGCCUGCCCGCGCAAUAGUCAUGGCGUAGCUCAUAAAAGAAGUCUGCCACAGUCUAUAGCUCCGAUACCUGAUCUGAGAAGCAACCUCUCCGUAUCCGCGCCAGGCUUCACAGUUGCGAAAGCGUCGUCAUCCCCCUCUGUGAAGAAGUCGCAGUCGUUGCAACAAACUGCCGAGAAUUAUUCGCACGAUGACAGACGAGCUGGGAGCGAAGAAAGUUUUGUAGUCCAUCGUGGCAAAGGCAUUCCUACGUUGAGCUCUGUAGCAGACGAGAAAUCGCUAGCUAGAGCAGAUGCCGCUGGUCGGCCGAGCAACUGGGAAGACCAGAGGAGAAGUUCUUACGCUGGUCGUCGAUCUCGACGUAACAGUGUUUCGGACGACUCUCAGUUGACGAUUGAAAACUUUGGCGGGUCUCAGGAUAAUUUACACAACUUCGGUAGAAAUCCGGACAAGGAAGUUGGAGCUCAUAUAGGCAAACGAAGUACGACCGAGCCUACGUUGCCUGCGAGAUCUAGCGUUCAGGAUGUGUACGGUAGUGGCGUGCAACACAUACUCGCAGACAACGGUUAUGGAAAUGACGAGCCCCCAAGAUUGAGAAGGCAAGCUUCGAAUUCUAGCUUGGACAACGUCGCGCUCAAGCAAAUUUUACAUUCCAGUGAAAACGAUAAUUCGGAAGGGGACAACACGUCCAAAUUAGCAAGCUUCGCGAACUUGAACAGGCAAAGCUCGGAAAAGAGUAGCAUUAACCUGAACUAUACCGAGUCCGAGGAUAUUACUACGAAAUCGAACCUUUCGAACAAGAAACACGGUCAAACCAAUGGCAAUGGAAACGGGGAAAAGAAAACUACGUUCGCUACCUUACCUAAUACGACGACAUGGCAGCAGCAAAGUAACCAGCAAUCCCAGCAAGCGGAACAACAUUCUGCUGAUGAAAACGGUGGUAACACGAUUAUGGCCUCACAACUGAAUAAUAUUAGAUUGAAGCUGGAAGAGAAACGUCGUCACAUAGAAAAUGAGAAGAGGAGAAUGGAGGUUGUUAUGUCGAAACAGCGCCAGAAAGUGGGGAAAGCUGCAUUCUUGCAAGCUGUUACAAAGGGUAAGGUUAAAUCUCCCUCUUCAUCAACGUCUGGGGGGGACAGUCCGGCCGAAAUCGGUCCCCCCACUCCUGUAACCUCCGGAUCUUCGGGGGAGACCCCGUCAAGUGUUUCCGAGACGACCCCCGUACCCCAACAACCCUUUCAAGAAAAACCACAGAGACCCUUCUCGCUCAAGGAAAUUAGUGAGGAUGUUCGGGACGUUGAACAUAAAUGGUUGGAGCACGAUGGUAAUGCACCAUUUAUUGAAACAAGACGUACCCCAGACAUUGAAAAUAUGGAUCUUGACCAAUAUCAUCAGUCUAUAUCACAGAUGAAUAGCAGUCUUAGUGAAAUACAAGCUGAUAUACAACGCUUAGCAAAUCAGCAAAAUCAGAUACAGCAGCAACAUUUAAUGACCCACCACCAACAACAAAUGCAGCAUCAAUUGCAACAGUUACAGAGUCUUAGUCAGCAACAUAUGCAAAGUUAUGGAAUAACACCCAUAAAUCCGAUAACCCCAAAACUACAAGAUUCUCAACAAUCACAGUUUUAUUUACACGAUCAACCACAGUUACAAAGACGAAUGUGGGGUCAACCACCUUCUACGCAAAGCUUAGCAAAUGAAAUGGCCGCAGUGGGUUAUCAACAACAAGUAGAUUCGCGAUAUAAUUCUCCACCAUCAGUUUAUCAUCAAGAUAUGCGCUUAUUUCAAGACACACGGAAUUGGGGAACACAUCCACCUCAACAAAAAGGAUUUGUUUUACAUGAUACUUCUCAAGAACCAAGGUACCUCAAUGGUGGAGAUCAUAGUCUUUGUAAUAAUCAAAUGAGUCAUCCUGGGUCUACAUAUCCAACAUCUUCAUCUAUCUUUAAUCAAACACCACCGUCUUCUGCUAGUCCACAACAUCGUAAUGCGGUUCAUCGAAUAAGUCAGUUAAUGAGUGAAAGCCCCGAACCAAAAAGGCCGACAGUACAUCACAUACCAAUUAAAUGCGACAGUCCUACCGAAAAGAGACAAGUUACUGCGUUACAUACUCCUGUUCCAGCUCCACCCGUCGACGAUAUGAAACCUCAAAAUAUAUCAUUUAUUGGAAACGAUGAUGAACUUUCGCAAGGUAUAAGAGGUUUACACAUCACGUCUGGUAACCGUACAUAUAGAAUUCCAUCGCCAACUAGACCUUCAAUAUCACGUAAUUCAUUUCAACCUCAUCCAUCGUUAAGAGAAGCCACACCAUCUCCAUCAGGUACUCCAGAGGUUACACCUCUCGAUCCAACGGAUGCUGGUGAAAAAGGGUUCUACAUUUGUUUCGAUAACGACGCGCCGAAGAAACCAAAACCGACUCUCAGAGUAAAGAGAACAUCUCCUAAGAAGGAAAGAACAGCAUCGUCGUAUAUUGACAACGAAGAUUUUACGGUACGUUCUGAGUCUCCUUCUGCUAUUUCUGAUAGACAGAAGCUCCUAGAAAUUCGACGAGAUUCAGAUCGAGAAAAGCAACGUCAACUAGAUGAAAGGGAAUUUCAACGACAAGAAAUUAGAGAUAGAGAGUUACAAAGAGAAGAAGAAAGAGAAAAGCAGAGAGAACGACGUGACACCAGCGCAGAAAGUCGCCAAUCUGGAAUUGGAUUAAUAAUUGGAAAUCAACUUGCAAAUCCUGAUCCAAAUUCAUUGGACGAAAUGGAGCGGAAGAAAGAACGUAUAAUGCUUCAAUCGUUACAAAGAAGACAGCAGCAAGAAGAAAUGAAAGAGAGAAAAGAGGCAGAAGCACAAGCGCGUAGGGAACAAGAGAAAUUAAAAGCAGAGGAAAGAGCUCGUAAAAAAGAAGAAGAAAGGCAACGAAGAGCAUCUAUUUUAGAACAACAUAAAGUAAAGAAGGCGAUAGAGGAAGCAGAGAGAGAAGGCAAGGUUAUCGAUAAAGAACUUCUGAAUGCAAUAAAACCAACAAAACUGCGUAAUAAGACUGCAACAACCCGACCACGACCCAAGACAAUUCAUGUGGAUGCUGGGGCGGAAUUGGAUUCUGGGGCUCUGACGCCUAGUCGUGGAAAAAAGGGUUCUUCUUCUAAUUUAAGUACAGCGUCGCUGACCUCCCCGACGAUGAGGCGAGACUACUACCGAGGCUCGCAGGACAGUCUUACUGCUGCCCAUUUUGAUGACCGACGAUCCGGCCCUCUUUAUCGGGGCGGCAGUCUCAGGGUAUCUUCCGUAGAUUCACCCGACGAUGGUAGAGGAUCCUCGCCUUGUCGAAGCAUGAAUCAACUUGGUCGACGUGGUUCCUACAAGACAUCUAGAGAUGUGCAGGAGCCUCAGCAACAGGUUAGAGGCAGGCCUAAAUACCCGAGUUACCAAAACUUUAAGGGGAGAAAGUCUAAUUCCUUGAUGAAUUUGUGUGGUUCGAGUAGUGAUCAAGACGGUAUGAUGUGUCGAUACACAGAUACGGACAGCGGUCUGGGCAGAGCAACACCACCAAGGAGAGCACCAAGUCCGGGAAUGGGUAGCAUGAGGCAUUUACCUUCUCCAUCAGGCCCUGGCUCUUUACCUCCUGGUUUAAUGACGAAAAGAAGAGUGUUCGAUGAUGGUAGCAGCGACAUCAGUAGCACACCCAGUUCAAUGAUGGACUAUAACGGUCCAAGAUUGUAUAAACAGCCUACGACCAAGUCAAAUCGUGGUAUUAUGUUAAAUGCUGUAGAAUAUUGUGUAUUUCCUGGUACAGUAAACAGAGAAGCAAAAAGAAGAGUUUUGGAUGAAAUUGCAAGAUCGGAAAGCAAGCACUUUCUUAUUUUAUUUCGAGACGCUGGUUGCCAAUUCCGGGCUCUCUACUCGUACUGCCCUGACAGAGAAGAAGUAUCGAAAUUAUAUGGCACUGGACCGAAACAAGUCAACGAUAAAAUGUUCGACAAAUUUUUCAAAUACAAUUCGGGAGGAAAAUGCUUUUCACAAGUUCAUACGAAGCAUCUGACUGUAACCAUAGAUGCCUUUACAAUACAUAAUAGUCUUUGGCAAGGAAAAAAAGUGAAUUUGCCGAACAAGAAAGACAUGCCUCUCGUCAUAUAGUUUUACACAAGUGUCACACUUAACAUUAUGCUACUAUGCCCUCUGUUGUUCAUAGUUACUAUUUUAAUACAGGCCCAUAUUAAAUUAAUGCAAACGUUGCGUUCUUAGUCAAUUUUAUAAGGACAAAUGAUUGAUGCUGACUCGGAGAUGUGAGCAAUCUCGUCGAACGUUUGUAUGAUUGCGCACUAUUAUCGAACGGAGUAUUGUUACCAUACGUUUCCUUUUAAUUUUUGUUUUAUUUUUGUCUUUUUCCCCUUUUAAGUUAACGUUAGCAUCAAUCACUGUGUCGUAAGAUUACCAAUAUCUACCAUAGGAAUGGUUUGUUGUCAGUAUCUAAUAUCUUUGCGGACUAACUUUCGACGUGUAACCGCCUUGUAAUCAUGUAAGCUACUGUGUUGUAAAUGAAAGAUGUGACUGAUAUAAAGGUAUUAUAUUUCUUAUAUUCUUUUUUUUGCUAAAAGAGGCAGGACUUUCAUGAAUGUCACGUAACGAAUUUCGUCUUUACAUUGCAUAAAGUAAUUCGCACACGUUUCGUCGUUGCGUGUAAAUUAAAAAUCUCGUAAUUAUUAUUACAGUAGUACCAUUGUCUUUUACUGAUUGAUCGCUAAACGUUAAUGGAGGAUCAUUAAUUUGAACGUGUUUCUGAUAGAGCCAACAAUGAUUCGAAUGUUCAACGUGAUUUUUGUAUGUAUUUAAAAUUAAUUUUGAUAAAACAGUAAACAAAUAAAAUGCUUGCCGUGUGUUAAAUUUUUACCUGUAGUACAGUAAGAAGAUCUACAUUUUUUAUUAAACGAUUUAAAGCUCAAAAUUGUUUCAUCCAAAUUCUUUCAAUCGUUGUUUCGUUGUAAAUUCUGCUGUGUGUCUCAUUGUCACUAUUGAAGGCUAAUUAAUGAUUCCUCGUUACACAGAAUUUGUAACUGUUGACAGUUGCAACUGCAUAGAGAGGGUGCAAGUAAACUAUAAGUAGAAACACUAGGGAUUGGUGGAACGCAGUGAAAGAUAGAAAAAUGUCAUAACAAACAUAUGUUGAGUAGUUUAUAUUUGGCAAGUAAGGUUGAAUUUUAUAAUAUUAUGUUAAUGAUAGUAAAUUUAUCAAGUUUACAAUUAAUCGAUCCGUUGAACUUUCGAAGUUAAGGGACUUACACAAAAUUGAAGUAUACGAAACAAAGCUCAACUCACUUUCCCUCAGUAGUUCUAAUAGAAGUAUUAAGAAGAAUUGUUAACUUCCAAACCAACAGUUGAGGAAUAUGAAUACAAAUCAACAUUACUAGAGGUAUUUGGUUAAAUAUCUCUGAAAUUGUUAAUUUUUAGUCAUAUGUUUUUUAAACAGUUUUAUAUCUUCAAUGAAUUCUAACAAUCCCUAACAUUUUUUCCUGUAGUUUACUUUCAUCUCGCGUAGUGUAAUUCGUUCGUUGAAAAGUAUAAGAACCAGCUCACGAACAAAAGUGGAUAUGUAUAUAAAUAAGUUGAUUUUGAUUAGUGAAAGAGAAUACCAAAUCAGCCUUAAGAUCAAUCUGAAUGUAAUUGAUGUUAUGCGAGGAUGUUUCUUUCUUUACUGUGUACGUACGUGAUAAUUUAUAAUAUGCUGCGUUGAUUUGAAUUUUUGAAGCGAGUUCUGUAAAGUGUGCAUUGGUAUAAGAUAGAUUCACAAGGAUUUGAAAAGAAAGAAUUGGACUGUACCAAACAGUACCAAAAUUAAAGGUGUUCUCUGAGGAAAAGUAAUUGGUCUUGGUAACUGGUGAGAAUUGUUGAAGAGUGCGAAAACGGAUACGAACUGGUGAGAUUUUCGAUCGAAUUGUUCUACUUCCUGCGCGCAUUACAUACUUAUUUUUUAUGACGUACGAGACCGUUUGAAAUCUUGUAUCGUUUUUGUAUGUUGUAAGAGGGAAACAGAUAAUGACUUGAUAAAUAAGUAUUAAAGACAACAAAAUUUCUUUUAUACAUAGUUUUCCGAUUGAAUGUUUAUUUGAAUUUUCUAGGCCUACUAUGAUUUUAAUUCAACAUAUCUGCGUUCCUCUCGAUUCAGAAGACUGGAGGUGUAUUAGCAAUUUAUUUAUGAACGUUUUAAUGUAUUGAAAAUUUUAACGAAGUGAACUAAAGUUUAACCAGUUUAAUAAGUUGGUUAGUCCCCUUUGAGAGUUUUGUCAGUAGCAUACAUGGAUUUCUUUUCAGGUGUAAAUUGCUCCUUUUAACAUGGUUCUCAUCUCCUAAUGGAACGUGUCAGUCCAAUUUCAAGCGAAUGUAAUAUGCGGUCCGUACUGUACAUGAUAAAUAAUUAGCAUAAUAAUGUAAUGGAAGAACUAUUUAUUGUGCCAUAAAUUUUAAUGUCCGCCUUUCGUGUGGGACUGGCACUGACCUUCCAUCUUGACGAUUCGAUCUUUUUAACGUAUAUGCAAUUCGUUUGUCGUAAUAUGCUAAUAGAACGAAUGGAUAGAAAUAGAUAGAGAUAAAUACAUUUUUGUACAGAAAUAUGGAGGGUCUAUUCCACUAUAUCAUUUUUCGGUUUUGUUCGUUUGUCGCUUAAGUUAUAUUAGCAUAUUGUAAGGUUAAUUCAUUUUCUGAUCGUCUCAUUUUUGUAUAUGUAUUUUAACUUGGCGGGCAUGUGCAUGGAAUUUCGAACGAUGAUGUUGAAAGUGAAAAAAAAAAAAUAGAAGUAAAGAAACGGAGAUUGGUUCACUUUAACAGUAGACCCCCUAUAUUCUGCAAUGGCGUAACACAACCGUAUUGAUUAUUAUUAAGUAAUUACGUAACAUAUCGAAUUUCAUGUUCUUCAUGAUUAAUCGCGGAAAAUAUAUUUUUAAUUCGCAACGAUAAACUUGGUUCAAUCGUCCCAAUGAUUUUAAGAAUCUCCAGUACGAGGCGAACUCAUGUACGUGGGGCUUAAAAAAAAAAAACAAGAAGAAAUUUAAAAAAUCCGUCGUUUAUAGUAUUCAAAGAAAUUCAUUAUUCUAUUCUCGUCUAUUGUAAAUCUACUGCGUAUCGUCGUAAAUGUGGUGAAUAGAGAAAUUUUUGCGAGCUUCAAAUCCUGAAAUAGUCCGACUUGACAAUAUUGAACGUGAAGUAAACGCCAUAAGAUGAAUUGUAAGACGUGGACGCGAAUCGCGGUAAGUCUAUAAUAACGACGUAAACGAAAUACAGUGAAUGAAAAUUAUGAUAACGAUGUAGUCACUAAUCUUAAGAAGUCAACAAGAAUAUCGGCUCGUGGAUACGGGAUUGAACAAAAAGCUACAAAAAAGUUAAGAAAAUGUUUAAGAAAAGGAUGUAAAAGUGUAGCUGGAAAGAAAGAUUGCUUGUGCUUGAUAUUUAUAUUUUUCAAAGCAGAGAAUAUUAUUAGUGAGCUGGCACCGGCGGGAUAAAUAAUGAAACGAAAACAGAGAUACGAAUGGUAUAUAAAUAAUCGCGCUUACUAAUAAUAAACUAUUACCUUUUAUGUAACAAUCCUUCAUUUUUAUUGUCACGAGGAAAAAAAAAGGAAAGUGAAACUUUGUCAAAUCAUACAUGUUCGAUUUAUCCAUGUCUGUAAAUAUUAUGUUUUUAUAUACGCAUAAAUGAAACUACCACUCGA